UCCUCUAUUUUCUUAGGAUAGACACAAGCUUCAAUUGUUCUUACUCUAGUUUCCUCUUCUCAAAUUCAUCUUUCUUUCCUCGUCUCUUUUUCUUCUGUUUCUUAAAAAAUGGAAGGAAACUUACGAUGUUUUGGAAAUUUCAUCCAAUGGUCCAAACCAUACAUAGCCAUGAUUUCCCUGCAAUUUGGCUAUGCCAGAAUGAACAUCAUCACUAAGGUUUCCCUCAACAGAGGAAUGAGCCAUUAUGUUCUGGUUGUCUACCGCCACACCUUUUCCACUGCAGUUAUUGCUCCUUUUGCUCUCAUUCUGGAAAGGCCUGUGAUUGAUCAAAACUUCUACAACUCCGGACUCAAAUUCACCUCGUCAACCUUUUCCUGUGCCAUGAGUAACAUGUUACCUGACAUGACAUUUGUUAUGGCAGUUCUAUGCAGGAUGAAAAAGGUGGACAUGAAGAAAGUAAGAUGCCAAGCAAAGGCAGUGACACUUAAGAGAUACUCAGCUCAGCGAUCCCUUACAUCUCUGGUUUGCUUCACGGGGACAUUACAUUCUAUUGUCGUCACCUUUGUGAUGGAGCCCAAAUCCUCUGUUUGGACCAUUGGCUGGGACAUGAAUCUUCUUGCUGCAGCCUAUGCUGGCAUUGCAUCAUCAGGCAUUGCAUACUAUGUCCAAGGAUUGGUGAUGCAGAAAAGAGGGCCCGUCUUUGUCACAGCUUUCAGCCCUCUGAUGAUGAUCAUUGUAGCAAUCAUGGGUUCUUUCAUCCUAGCCGAAAAGAUCUAUCUUGGAGGUGUUCUUGGAGCUAUACUGAUUGUAAUAGGGCUCUACUCUGUUCUGUGGGGAAAGUACAAGGAAUACCAAGAAAAAGAAGCUGAAGCAAUACGCCCGAAAGCCAUAAAAAGCAAUACUGCCACCGCCAGCGAUGUCCAGAGUAAUAUUGCUGUGGUGGUUAUUACUGUUCCGGUGCCACAGCCACCAUUGAUUGUCACACUUGCUCCCAACGCUUAAGCAAUUUCCUUCCUCUUGAAGAAGUGAUCAGAAAAAGAGGGAAAAUACUAGAGGAAGAAAAGGGCUGUUUUGUACUUUUAAACUCACUUUUUUUUUUCUUUUUUUUCUUUUUUUUUUUUGUGUUUCCAUCAGCCUUUCUCUUUGUUAAUCUUUCUUUUUAACCACCUUUUUUUUAAUAUUAAUGGGUCUUUGUAUCUUUGUUGUAAGGUGAUGCUUGUUAAUGAAAAGCUAAUCAGAAA